UCCAUUUUUACAGAUGAUGAUUGUGGGCUUCCGUACACAUUUUAAACAGCAUUCAAGCAUGUUUGUACAAAUAGCCCUUGUAGUUUUUGUGGUAGUUGUUUACUACUUUGGCUUUGAAUGGCGAGGUAAACAUAUGAUCCACAUACAAGGGCAAGGCGUGUUCGUUACCGGCUGUGAUUCAGGUUUCGGUCAUGAGGUGGUAAAACGGCUGGAUAAGAUCGGAUUCACGGUGUUCGCGGGCUGUUUACAUCCGGACGGUGAGGGGGCGAAAGCACUGCGGGAUACCUGUUCGGAAUACCUCCAUAUUGUCAAGCUUGACGUCACCAAAGCAGACGACAUUGAGAAGGCGCGCGAAUAUGUGGAGAAAGUGCACCAGGAGACGGGUUGUGGACUAUGGGGCGUGGUGAACAAUGCUGGUAUAGACCUGUACGGAGACGUUGAGUUUCUGACGCUGGAUUUGUACCGACGUGUAGCAGACGUGAAUCUCUUUGGAACCAUCAGCGUCACUAAGACGUUUUUACCUUUGAUAAGAAAAUCAAAAGGACGAGUGAUCAACGUAACCAGUGUCAAGGGAAGGAUCUACUACCCCUGUAUAUCGGCGUAUGGGGUGACCAAACAUGGUAUCGAAACCUUCUCGGACUGUCUCCGUGUGGAGAUGGCGAGGUUUGGAGUGAAGGUAUCCCUCGUGGAACCCGGGAACUUCAGUACCUGUACAGCUAUUGUGAAAGGAGAAAACUACCAAAGACUCCUUAAGGCUAGAGAUGCUAUGUGGGAGGCAGCAUCCCCGGAAGUUAAAGAGACUUAUGGGAAGGAGUACUUCUUUGCACAAUAUGAGAGACUUUCCCACCUGACGUCAUCGUACCCUAACUGUGAUCCUGUAUCGGAUGCUAUAGAAGACGCCCUGGCUAACGAGAACCCGGCCGCUAGGUACCUAGUGGCUGGUGGCUCUGGUCUCUAUGACGACUGUAUACUGGCGAGAUUUAUUAACGUUCUUCCAACUUGUGUCAUGGACUACUUGUCAACCAACUGGAUGACCAAAGGUCUACCAAAGAUCAAAGCGCUAGACAAGACUACUACAAAGUGAUCAUGGUGAUUGGUGAUCCUCUCACAACAGAUAACAGACGCAGCUAUAAGCACUCAAAAUGGGGGAAAUAUGAAAGAUCUGAUUUUUAAAACCAAUGUCAAUAUAGAUGUGACAUCCUGGAUUGAUUAAAACACCCUUGAAUUGGGGGUUGAAGUCAUGUUCAAAAAGACACAGACAAGAAAAAAUGCUGGCCAAUUUCAUGUCCAUAAAAAAGUUAAAAUAUUAUUUUGUGUGAAGUGCUUUGGGUGGAGCAGCUUGUUGAAUAGAGGGAUAGACCUCAAAAGUUUGGGUCUAUUAUUUAGUUCAGAGUCAACCAGAGUUUUGAUCAAUGUAACUCUAAAGGAAUCAUAUUUGUUUUAAAUUUCAAUCAUUACUGCAUUAACGAAGCUAAUAAAACUGGUUUAACUAUC